ACGUGCAGAUAUCUACAAAACAACACAUUUACGUUACCAUUCGAUUUGUCGUUUUAUCUUUUACUCGAAUUUUUCUAGUCGUCAUUCGUGUCCCGCAAACUUUUCGAUUCGUCGCAAUAAAGUUUAUACUUAUAUCUUACAUAUAAUUAUUAAAACUUACCAUUCGAUAUCAGUUACAGUGUCUUAAUACUUAAAACUGCGUGUAUUUGUUGGAUCGAAGCAGUCUUCAGACAACUCGAAUAUUUUAUAUAUUUUAUAUAUUCACUGAUUCAUCAUGAUUGCAGUACUCGCUGUCGUUUUCGCCGUCCAAGCCACGGCUGCGCUGGCCGGCGGCGCCCGAUAUCCGUCCGGACUGAAUCCGGCCCUGUGUCCCAACUAUCCGCACUGCGACAACGUGCUGUUGGCCGCGUACGCCCAACCGGCGGCCGGCAACGAUUACAACGACCACUACACCAACAACAACAACAACAACGCCGGCCAGUAUUACGGUUCCGGUUACCAACACCAUCCGUCCGAGGCGUCCCACUAUCACAACAGUCAGCCGUUGGUCCCGGCGCCGUACACCGAGCCCGGUUACCCGGCCGGCCUCACGUCGUCCAACUGUCCCAACUACCCGUACUGCUCGCAUCAGGUGCCGGCCGAGGCGCUCAGGUACUCGCACAAGAGGUAUCCGUCCGGCGUCAGCCCGCAAAACUGCCCCAACUACCCGUACUGUCAUUGACCGCCCGUCGUCAAAAUAAUAAUAUAAUAUGAUAUUAUGUCACGUUAUAUAAGUACGAAUAUUGUUAUUAUAUUAUAAUAUUGUGCAGAUUAACGCUAAGUACAUAAUAUAUUAUAUUAAUUAUAUGCAUUAUAUACAAUAUAUAUACCCACAAGUUAAUGUCCGUAGCUUGAAUUGUAUUGGCAUACAUAUUAUUAUUUUAUUAAACACCCAUCGACCCAAUUCGCCUGUAUAUAAAAUAAUUCAUAUUAUAUUAUGCACUUAAUGCGAAGUGCAGCUGCAGCGUAAAUCGCACGCACUAUAUAUAUAUUAUUAAUCGUUGUUAUAUUAUAUGUUGUUGUUAUACUUCUCGCACUUUUAAUAUUUUUUUAAAUAUACAUAGCUACAAUUAAAAAGAAUCAAUUUUUUUU